AAAGGAGUUUUUUUGCGUCAUUAUUAGAUUGAGGUGGAAUUUUUCUCGUUUCACAAGCAAAGUCUGAAAGCUCCCUUUUGGUGGAUUAGAGACAAGGAGGGCAAUAGAUCUAAGAUCCGCAACGACUAUUUAAGGACCUCCCCGCCUUCCCAGCUCUGCCCACCAUCUUCAUUUCUUUACCUCUCCGAUCUACCAUCUCUCUCUUUACCGUUUCCAUCUCCUCUUCCCCUUAGAUCGGCCGCACUCUACACCACGCCGUUCGUCGUCUAAUAUCCUCAGAACAAAAAUGGUGAAGAUUUGCUGUAUUGGUGCUGGAUAUGUCGGAGGCCCCACUAUGGCUGUGAUCGCACUCAAGUGCCCAAACAUUGAAGUGGCUGUUGUUGAUAUAUCUGUGCCUCGGAUCAAUGCAUGGAACAGCGACCAGCUCCCCAUCUAUGAGCCAGGCCUUGAUGAAGUAGUGAAGGAGUGCCGUGGGAGGAACCUCUUCUUCAGCACGGAUGUGGAGAAACACGUGAGGGAGGCUGAUAUAGUCUUUGUUUCUGUCAAUACUCCUACCAAGACCCGAGGACUCGGAGCUGGCAAAGCUGCAGAUUUGACUUACUGGGAGAGUGCUGCUCGCAUGAUUGCUGAUGUUUCAAAGUCUGACAAAAUAGUUGUUGAGAAAUCAACCGUUCCUGUCAAAACUGCUGAGGCUAUUGAAAAGAUUUUGACCCACAACAGCAAGGGAAUUAACUUCCAGAUCCUCUCAAACCCCGAAUUUCUAGCAGAGGGAACUGCUAUCAAGGACCUUUUCAAUCCCGACAGGGUACUCAUUGGUGGUCGGGAGACCCCAGAAGGAAAUAAGGCAGUCCAGGCACUCAAGGAUGUCUAUGCCCAUUGGGUCCCUGAAGAUUGCAUCCUAACUACCAAUUUAUGGUCUGCUGAGCUAUCAAAACUGGCUGCCAAUGCAUUCCUGGCACAAAGAAUAUCUUCUGUUAAUGCUAUGUCAGCUCUGUGUGAAGCCACUGGGGCAGAUGUGACUGAGGUCUCAUAUGCAGUGGGCAAGGACACCAGGAUUGGUUCCAAAUUCUUGAAUGCUAGUGUUGGAUUUGGUGGUUCUUGCUUCCAGAAGGACAUUCUGAACCUUGUUUACAUUUGCGAAUGCAAUGGCCUUCCUGAGGUGGCUGAAUACUGGAAGCAAGUAAUCAAGAUCAAUGACUACCAGAAGAGCCGUUUCGUGAACCGUGUCGUCUCAUCUAUGUUCAACACCGUGUCGAACAAGAAAGUCGCUAUUCUUGGGUUUGCUUUCAAGAAGGAUACCGGUGAUACCCGAGAGACCCCUGCAAUUGAUGUUUGUAAGGGACUUUUGGGCGACAAUGCUGUGUUGAGCAUUUAUGACCCUCAGGUGGUUGAAGAUCAGAUCCAGAGAGACCUCUCCAUGAACAAGUUUGAUUGGGAUCAUCCCCUUCAUCUCCAGCCGAUGAGCCCAUCCACAGUGAAAAAGGUUUCUGUAGUUUGGGAUGCCUAUGAGGCAACUAAAGACGCCCAUGCCCUCUGCAUUCUUACCGAGUGGGAUGAGUUCAAGACUCUUGACUACACAAGGAUAUACGAGAAUAUGCAAAAACCUGCUUUUGUUUUUGAUGGUAGGAAUGUUGUCAAUGCAGAGAAGCUGAGAGAGAUCGGCUUCAUCGUCUACUCAAUAGGUAAGCCAUUGGAUGCUUGGCUCAAGGACAUGCCUGCCAUUGCUUAGAUGGUGCACACGCUGCUUAUACUACUACUACGUAUAUGUUAUGGCUCAUUAGCUGAUAUUCUUUAUUUUCUUUUCACCCAUUUUACUCCCAGUUUCAUCUCCCCUCAUAGUGGAGGAGUUUGUCUUUGUUGCUGUCUAAGUUAAAGCCAUACUCUGUUUUGAUGGAUACUACAUUCUCUGCCUAUUUGAGUGAUUUCUAUAUAAUAUACUUGAAUUUCUCCUAUCCACGAAUGUUGUUUCAUGCUUUAUAAAAUCGAUAACUCAUAAAUGUUAGAAUUUUUGCACGAGCUGGCCCAGUCCCAAAUAUAGUUCAAUUGUAACCAGAACGGUUGGGUUGCGGUGCUGGUCAAAUUAUCGCAUGUCCAAACAGUUUCUUGGGCAGUUUCUUUUUUGGGCAGAUUUUUGAAAGAAAUCAAGUGUCGGUGACCAUGGUCAGUAUAAAAAUUGGGUAGUCCAAUCACAAUAUGAAAAGAAUCGUACCCAUUACCUGUGUCGGGACUUUUACAAUUCCGAGGAUUUCGUUCUGGAUCCAGCAGUCUAUCGCUCAAUUUGUUGGUAGGAAGCGGCAAUAAUUAGCUGGUGUAGGGGUGGAUACAUUUCUGGAAUAUUUUAUUAUGAUCAUGUGGCGGUGUUUACUUAUCAAAGAAGGUGUAAUCUCCGGGAGUCCCCACUACCCCACAUCCCGAACCUCUGGAUUUUUGAAAGUAUGUAAGUCACAGUGACUUAGUCGAUCCAAUGAUGGUAUGCCUUAUACUCGUACGCACCAGAAGUUCAGCUUAGUACGCAGAAAGUAUAACCUCAACACGUAUUAACAUGAAUACUUGAGUGAAGUAGAGUAUCCACGUAUGACGUAUAAAAAACGUUAUCAUAUGAGAUACUCUGAGAUACUCGUCUCAUAUAUGUAAUUUAUUAAAAGUUUCUAUAAUUU